GGGGACAUUAGUACGACCGAGGCGCACCUGUAGAAAGUAAGUGCCAGUAUCAACAGGACUCCGGAGAAAAGUCCUCGUCAAUUAGUCAUAGCUCUACCAUUAAAUUCGCUGCUACUUGUUAUUGGGACUUGAACUGAAUUUCCCCUGGAAAGCACUUUGUGCUGACAUCUACCAUCACCAUCAAACUCAGCAUUGCAGUGGGAGCUGACAGAGAUAAAGGAAGAAGGGGAUUACCACUCUGUCUGUCGCCAAUCUCCUACCGAUAUAUUUGAACCACAUCACAAGACGGGUACGGGAAGAUGCCCGUUCAGAUACCAGACGAUACAGACUUUACCUCUUUCAAGGAACAAUGUGAAAACCACGAAGGAUGGACAGCGCGCUACAACAAGGGAAGCGUGACGGUGUGGUGCAGGGAUGAAGAGUGUAAAACUAUCCAGAAACUAAAGAUGAGGAUCGUGUGUAAGGACGUGACUGCCGAGACCCUUUACGACGUCCUUCAUGACACCAGCUACCGGAAGAAAUGGGACAGCAACAUGAUCGACACCCACGAUAUCGGCAGGCUCACUGUCAACGCAGACGUAGGAUAUUACUCCUGGAAGUGCCCGAGCCCCCUGAAGAACAGGGACUUUGUUACCAUGAGAUCGUGGCUUCCUCUGGGCAACGACUACCUGAUCAUCAACUACUCUGUCAAACACCCGCAAUAUCCGCCCAAAAAGGACUAUGUGAGAGCGGUGUCUCUGCAGACAGGAUACCUGAUUCAGUCCAACGGAGAAAACUCCUCCACUCUCUAUUACCUGACGCAGGUCGAUCCCAAAGGUUCCCUUCCCAAGUGGGUGGUGAAUAGAGCUUCUCAGUUCGUAGCACCAAAGGCCAUGAAGAAGAUCUACAAGGCCUGUCAGAAGUAUCCAGAGUGGAAGAGGAAGCACAACCCUAACCUGAAGCCCUGGAUUUACCCCGAGCAGAACACCUUACCGUGUAUUAACGUGGCUGACCUUGUACUACAGAGAGCCGACUCACUGGAGAACAUUGAUGAGAGCCGCCUGAUGGAGGAGAAACAAGCACAACGUCACAGCGAUGAUGAAGAGACCUAGUCGGAGUGAAGAAACUGUUUGUAUAUAAUUGUGUGGCUGUGUUUUCAAAAUGGCACCCUAUUCCCUAGAAAAUAACGGUAAAAUAAAAAAAUAGAAGUGUAUUACAUUGAUGCAGGGCCCAUAAGACUCUGGUCAAAAGUAGUGAACUAUAUAGGAAAUAGGGUGCAAUUUGGGACACACCCUCUGUGUUGGGUUUGGUGUGUGCGUGUGUUUCCGUGUGAGUGUGUGUGUGUGUGUGUGUGUGUGUACAGUACAAAUAUGUAAAUGUACAUGUAUGAUUUACUAUCAUUUGGAUCUGCAACUUUUGUCUUGUUGCAUUUAGUUGGUAAUUGAUGUAUAACUUAUUGAAUCAGAGGGGUUUAACAGGGUAUUUUCAUAUAGGAAAAAAUAGACAACGUAUGCACGGUGCUAUCCUUCAAUUAAAUGGUAUAAUAUCGAAUUUAUGAUAAUACUGUAAAAUGUGUCUAUUUCAAAACAAAUUUAAAGACAAUAUUUAACUAUUUCAAGACCCUAAACAUUUUUUAAAGUUUUUUUCAUAUUCAUGUUUGAUUCGACUUCAGCUUUCAUUUGAAGUGUUAUACAAUAGCCAUUGCCAAUAGAGAAAAUAGCCUAUCAUGCAGCCUACUUACUACAGUAUAUUUCCUGGUAUCUAGUGCCUCCCAGUGGCAGUGAUACGUCAUAACAUUUCCUCAUCGCCCAGUGUUUGGAAGCGGUGAGCGUUUAGAACAGUGUUUCACGAACUCGGUGCACGUUUUGGAUUUUGCCCCUAGCACUACACAGCUGAUUCAAAUUAUCAACUAAUCAUCAAGCAUUGAUCAUUUGAUUCACCUGUGUAGUGCAAGGGCAAAAACAAAAACGUGCACCGAGUUUCGGGAAAACGCUGGGUUAGAACAAUGGAAUGUUGUCAGUUUGUUAGGAAGUGAAUUAGCAUAAUGCACCAAGACAAGUGUGCUUUUGUACAGUGAAUGGCCCACUGAGACUCCUAAUGACAGUCACAGGGGAGGAGAGAUGGCAGCAUAACAACGUCCGAGGGAAUUUAAAAAAAACCUGUCUGACCCUUAAAAGGAAUCAUUAUAACCUGUUAUAGCUUGUUAUAACCGUAGGGGUCAUGAAACGUGUUUAGCUGUUAAAAGGUCAUUACCUCAGUUAUACGUUGGUCUUGCCGGUCCUGACUGAAUUUCAAACAUUUUGUCUUUCUGCAUAAAGUUAUUAUUAGUGAUGCAGUUUUACUUAAAUUCUAAUGGUCUUUCGGUACGAUUUUUAGACAUGUUUCCAAAAUGGAGAGACAUCAUGUUCAUAGCAACGCACACGUUAAAUAAAGAGAAGUUGACUCCUGGUUUUUAAGACCUUGGCGGCUGAUGCCCUUGAUUCCUAAUCAUCAUUUCCAAGUACAAGUUCCCAUUUUAACUGCAAUGUUUGUUUUUCUCUGUCGAUAAGGAACGUUUAUGUGUGACUGUAUCCCUUUUCAGACUUGCAGCUGGGGGCCAAUCCUCAGAAUCUGUAUUGUCUCAGGCACUUCCUGUUUCCCCAAGGCUACUUCCUGUCCCAUUUCCUGUCCGCAUCAGUCAAGAUUGUUUUUGAGGGAAAGGAAACUCCACUGUUGUCUAGAUUUCUCACACAACACAAAAGCUUCUCUUUGAUUGUAGAACUCAAAGUUCAUUGCUUUGUCUCGUAUUAAAAUGUCUUUCAUUUUGAGUGAUC